CACCUGGCUAAUCUUUUGUAGAGAUGGAAAUUUUAAGUUGCCCAGGCUGGUCUUGAACUCCUGGGGUCAAGUCAUCCUCCAUCCUUGGCCUCCCAAAAUUUUAGGAUCACAGUCAUAAGCCAAUGUGCCCAUUCAAAAGUAACAUAUUUUAAAAAGUUCUAUUUUCCCAGUAUUGAUCUCUCCCUAAAUAAAAUAUAAUAUUUCUGUUGUAAGUGAUAUGAGAAAUCUUUAACCAGGCUUAUCUAAAAAUAAAGAGAAGUUAUUGUAAGACAUUGAGUAUGUGUAAAUGUGUUUAUGUUUGUAGCCAAUGGCAAAGGUAUUAUGUAAAAUACUUAAUAAUUUAUUGUUUCUAAUUCUGAAUUUAAAAAUCAGAGGUUUCUGUUAUGUUUUUAAUGGCCAACAACUCAGUCUCAUUAAGUUGGAAAAUAUAGAACUCAUCAAGGAGAGGUGUAUAUGGUUUGGCUUUUAUAGACAUCACAGCAUAUGUUGGCGGUAUCCAGCCCUUUCUCUGUAAAACAUCCCUAUGUUUAAUCUGCAUUUUCUUGCUUAUUAUGAGAAAAAUUGAGCUUCUUUCUAGACAUAAGUCCUUUGAAUAAAAUUCUAUGUGAGUCAGGUUUUACAAUUUGUUCUCACUUUAAAUGUCAGGAUAGGUGCUAGCUUGAUCUGUUUUUUCCCUCCCCUUAUUUGGUUCAGAGAAAGUAGGGCCUACUAGAUUUCUAUUAAAAGGGACCACCCUGGUUCCCCUUAUAGCCAGCUCCCCUUCUGCUAGUCCCAGAUCCUUUGCCAGACUGACCACAAAGGAUCCUCUCUCAGUUUCCUCCAUCACAGAAAUUAAGGCCUACUAGAUUUCCAUUAAAAGGAACCUUAAAAUAGAGAUCACUCAGUCCCUUCUUUAACUCUGCAAGUUAUUUUAAAACUAAUAUAAGAAAAAAGAAACAAAUUGUAAAGUAUGAGUAAAUUAAAGAAAACAAUUUUCAAGUAGCAGAGAUUGAAAGGCACUGAAUAUAGUUUCAUGUCCUACUCACUAGAGUUUAUUUAUGGAUACCUUAAUAUGACAAGCAUUUAAUGAGUGGCUGAUUUGCCAACCAAAAAUGAGUAAGGCAUAGUUGUUCUCAAGUAGUUCGCACAUUGAUGAAGGGACAAACUGACAUGAAAUGGGAAGCAAUAAUAUUUAUAGAGUAAACAUAGUUGUAUGCAUAAGCUUUAGAGAAGCACAGUAGAGAGACAGCCUAAAUGCUUGGUUCUGGACUACAGAGCGGUGAUUCUGGUUAGGCAAUCUAAUGAGAUUUUGAAGAAGGUUUUUGAAGAACAUGCAAAAUAAGUUUUUUUUUUGUUAAUUUUUUGGUGUUCCUAUGCCCAAUGAUUCUGAGAAAAUAAUAUAUAUUAUUUUGGUGGUUCCAGAAGGCACCCACAAUUUUCCCUUUUUUUGCAUAAGAGUUGUGUCAGAAGCGAAAGGCCUAGUACAGAGCCAAGUCUAACACAGAAAUGAACUGGGUUAUUGCUAGAAACAUUUUUUCAACUGUUCAAUUUUUACCUUUUUCAUGAAGCAACGAAGAAUUUUUAUGAAUAUAGACAAACACAAAAAUUGGGCACAGCUAUUUGAAUGUGUUGGAAGCCACAAGGUGGCGCUGCAGGCUAAAGAGAUGGAGGAACAAACUCGACCAGGAUGUUACGGAAGUCAUUGACAAAAAGGAAAGAUCCAGACAGAUGGGCUGAGAAGAAAGGCCGUAGCAGCCCCUGAUUGGAAAAGAAAAAAUUAAAAAUCCUAGAUCCCUGCUACACCUAAGUUUGGGUUUGUGAUUGCUGUUUGUGCUGGGGCACUGGGAUUGCAACUGACAUUAAGGAAAGCAGCUGCUAUGGAGGCCAGAGGGUUCAGCUUCCCAAGACAAAGGCAAGUUCUGUUUCUUUUUGUUUUUUGGGGAGUGUCUUUGGCAGGUUCUGGGUUUGGACGUUAUUCGGUGAUGGAGGAAGCAGAGAGAGGAUCCUUUGUGGUCAAUCUGGCAAAGGAUCUGGGACUAGCAGACGGGGAGCUGGCUGCAAGGGGAACCCGGGUGGUUUCCGAUGAUAACAAACAAUACCUGCUCCUGGAUUCACAGACUGGGAAUUUGCUCACAAAUGAGAAACUGGACAGAGAGAAGCUGUGUGGCUCCACAGAGCCCUGUAUACUGUAUUUCCAAAUUUUAAUGGAUGAUCCCUUUCAGAUUUACCGGGCUGAGCUGAGAGUUAGGGAUAUAAAUGAUCAUUCACCAGUGUUUCGGGAAAAAGAGAUAGUCUUAAAAGUAUCAGAAAAUACAGCUGAAGGGGCAGCAUUUCGACUAGAAAGAGCACAGGAUCCAGAUGGAGGACUUAACAGUAUCCAAAACUAUACGAUCAGUUCCAACUCUUUUUUCCGUAUUAAAAUUAGUGGCAGUGAUGAAGGCAUGAUAUAUCCGGAGCUAGUGUUGGACAAAGCAUUGGAUCGGGAGGAACAGGGAGAACUCAGCUUAACCCUCACAGCGCUGGAUGGUGGAUCUCCACCCAGGUCUGGGACCUCUACUGUACACAUCGUGGUCUUGGACGUCAAUGACAAUGCCCCACAGUUUACACAGGCGCUCUAUGAGACCCAGGCUCCAGAAAACAGCCCGGUAGGGUCCCUUAUUGUUAAAGUAUCCGCAGGAGAUGUAGACUUAGGAGUCAAUGCAGAAGUAUCCUAUUCAUUUUUUGAUGCUUCUGAAGAUAUUCUGACAGCCUUUCAAAUCAAUCCUAUUUCUGGGGAAAUCUUUCUCAGAGAAUUGCUUGAUUAUGAGCUAGUACAUUCUUACAAAAUAAAUAUAAUGGCAAUGGACAGUGGAGGCCUUUCUGCAAGAUGCACAGUUUUGGUAGAGGUAUUAGAUACCAACGACAAUCCUCCUGAACUGAUCAUAUCAUCACUUUCCAACUCUGUUGCUGAAAACUCUCCUGGGAUGGUAUUGGCUGUUUUUAAGAUUAAAGACAGAGACUCUGGAGAAAACGGAAAGAUGGUUUGCUAUGUUCAAGAUAAUCUGCCUUUUUAUCUGAAGCCGUCCGUUGACAAUUUUUACAUCCUAAUGACUGAAGGUGCACUGGACAGAGAGAGCCAAGCCGAGUACAACAUCACAAUCACCGUCACUGACUUGGGAACACCCAGGCUGAAAACCGAGUACAACAUAACCAUGCUGGUCUCCGACGUCAAUGACAACGCCCCCGCCUUCACACAAACCUCCUACACC